AUGUCGCACACUUUUUACUGCUCCGGCGCGCCAACGAUGAAGAAUUAUGUCUUUUUGUACGGCAUCUAUCUGUCGUCGCUGCUGACUGCGGCGGAGCGCAGAGUCGGCCAGCCCGUUCCCCACUCGCCGAGCUCGCCUCCGGUGGGUCGUUCCGCAUCUGUGGCAUCCCAUCCGCACUUCAAGCCUAAGGUGAGGGGCUCUUUCAUAUACCGGGAGGAGCUCGACGCCUGCCCCAACCUGCUGAACCUCCUGGAGAGCUCCACCGAGGAAGGUCCGAAAUGGAAAUUCGUGCUCCACGUCGUGACGUGCACGCUGUGCAUGGUUGGCAGCUGCUGCCUCAUAUUCCUGAGCCUGCUCCAGACCGGCCGCUUAUUUUCGCAGGGGAUGUGGAGCCUGAAGUUCUACCAAAGCGGCGGCUUCUGCAUCCUUGGCGCCGCGUUUGCGGGUCUGCUGCUUGGCAUGUGCCUAGGUUUCAGCCUCGGCACAUACUAUAUGGCCUAUCUGAUCUCUGGAUUCAUGUUGUUGGGUGCCGCGGUAAUCUACGUGGGGCGUCGUGGCGCCGUCCUCGGGGCAGUUGGCGGCACGAUAGUUGGCCUCACGCUAGGCGUGUCCCACUCCGGGUCCGUGAGCGCCGUAGUGGUGGAGGGUGUCCUCUGCCUGUUCGCCGGGAUCGCCAUAGGGUUCAUUCCUAUCUUCCCCAACCUGAAGAUAAACGUUCGCUACAUCCAACACGGAGUGCGUGCCAACGCAAUGCUCGGUGUUUCGCAAUGA